AUGGUCUUCAUGCGGACGAAGUGCAAUCGCAUGGACCUCAUCAAGAACUUGAACCUGUGGGGCAAUGACCUGCAGGACAUUUCUGUUAUCCAGUCCAUGCCAAACUUGGAGGUCCUGAGCCUCAGCGUGAACCAGGUGAAUACACUCAUGGAUCUUCAGCACUGCCCGAAGCUCUCGGAGCUGUAUCUGAGGAAGAACGAGAUCAUGGACCUGUCAGAGAUUCUGUAUCUCAGGCAUCUGAGGCGCAUGAAGGUGCUCUGGCUGGCAGACAACCCUUGUGCCGAUCUGCCGUACUACAGGCAGUACAUCUUGCAUCACCUUCCGAACCUCACAAAGAUUGACGCAGAGGACGUCACAGAAGAGGAGCGGCGAGAUGCGCAGAUGAUCGACUUUGGCGGGGUAGAGACCAACCCAGUGGAUCGAGCUCAUGCUGGAGGUGACUUCCCGUACCAGGAAGAGGUUGAAGCACUGCCAGAUGCAGGCUUUCGCCAGAAUCGGUCCGAAAGCGAAGAUUCCUACGAGCGGGACUUACCAGCCUUUUCCGCGCAAAGGCCUCAAGAGGUGCGGUUCUGUGGCAUUGUCACGUUGCAUGCGCUCUGUGGUGCACGAGCGUGCGCUUCCGCCGCGAGAGAGCGCAAUCGCUGGAAGCUUGGAUUUGAGCUCUGUUUUGGAUAUAGCCUCGCUUACAUCGUUGUCAUGUUCGCCCGAGUGGAAUCGCAGUCGCAGCCCGGGCUGGACGACUCCGAGCACAAUGGCAUGAUGCCCGCUGCAGGAGGACUUGAUAGAGCAGCGACGCCUGCCACCGCAGAGGCUGGUUGGGCAUCCGAGUGGGCCCAUGUCAGCCACAUGAAGUCAGAAGCCAAUAACAUGCCACCCAAAUGUCGAAAGUCUCCAGCUCCGCUAGUCUAUUGGGGCCAGAAGAAAUCUGCUUCGAUAGCUGUGAAUUUCGUGUUUGAACGGUCUCGCACGGAGGCGUUUACAGGCAUGCUCAUUUGCCAGGAAGAACUCGCCACACGAUCCUGGCACUGCAGCCAGGAUACCUCCAGAGUCGCCCGUUCCGAGUGGCGCAGGAUCUUCGAGGCUUGUACUUGUGCAAACUGCCACGUUUGCAUGGUCGAGGGUCAGGAGCGUGCAGGCUUGCAAGCUCGGCGAGACAGUGAGGCAGGACAUUUGGGCGACAUUUCGCUCUUUGUUAUGGGUCGGAAUGGGCUUCGCCUGGCGGAGUUCCUGGUGAAAUGGACCUGUGGUGACAUGAGCCCUUGGAGCAUUUCUGAGUAUUGUACACCUCGAAAGGAAACGGCAGAUCUUGAAGCGCUCAUCGGCUGGCAGGGCAAGGACGACCUGCAAAUGCGUGGGCCGACGGGUGCUGCGCUGAGCCAGCGGGCACCCGAGUUGAUGUUGCCUUCAGGCUUGUCAAUUCUGGGUCAGCAGAGGAAAGGUACGCUGCUGACAGAGGCAUUCCUUUAUGUUCAGUCUUCUGUGCGGUCUUUGGCAAUGGAGCGCCGCAUGGUUUUACUUGGUGUCGACAACGCUGGCAAGACCACCACAUUAGAAAAGCUGAAGUCGCUGUUCGGGCUCAAAGGCAUGCCGCCGGAGAGGAUUCCACCAACCAUCGGCUUCAAUAUCGGGCGCAUCCAGAUCGACAAGGUGAUUGCCGUGUUCUGGGACCUGGGUGGACAUUCCUCUUUCCGGUCGGUGUGGCACAACUACUAUUCCGAAGUGCAAGGUGUCAUGUUCAUCGUGGACUCGGCCGAUCCCAUCCGGAUUGAAGAGGCCAAGGCAACACUGGUGGAAGUGAUCAACCACGACAAGCUCAAGGGCGUGCCGCUGCUGUGCCUGGCCAACAAGCAGGACAAGCCGGAAGCACUCAGCAUCCAGGAGCUCUCACGGCUCUUCGAGUUCGAGCGGCUCUUCAGCGAGCGGCCCUUCCACGUCCACCCCUGCUGCGCGCUGCAGGGCCAGGGACUCGAGGCCGGAGUCAGGUGGCUCUUGGCGGAAGCUGACAAGUUCGCUCGUCAAAGCAUGCAGCAGAAAUGA